AUGUUCAUCAAGUUUUACUUUGCCAUCAACGUCCAUCUCGAUUUCCUCAACCGCCUUCGUAAUCGCCGUAAUGGCCGCAGCCUUGAUCUGCUGUUCGGCGACACCGUUGAAAUCGCGAACGGCGGCGGGAAGUCUGCCGACCGCAUCGGCGAGUGGUUGUUUGACGUCUUUCUCAAACUUUUUGGUAAUAUUAUCAUUACCAUUAUUCCCAUUCACAAAAUUCCUCACCGCAUUCAACUUACUGUCCACGGCUUGGGCGGGGCUUUCGUGAGGGCCGGCGGAGGUGGAUUGGCUAGUCGCCCCUUCAAGCGCCGUGUGAAGUUCAUUAGUUUGGCGAAGAAUCUCAUCUAA